AUGUCCAACAGCAACUACCAACUCAGCGAGGUCUUUGAUGUCAAGGGCAAGGUCGCUCUUGUCACCGGUGGCGGCUCCGGCAUCGGUUUGAUGGUCUACAUUGUCGGCCGUACCGAGGAGAAGCUCAAGACUGUUCAGCAGACCUACGGAAAGGACAUCUCUGGCGAAAUUAUUCCCAUCGUUGGCGACGUUACCAAGAAGAGUGAGAUCGAGAAGCUCGUCAAGGAGAUCGAGACCAAGGAGGGCUUCCUUGACAUUCUUGUCAACAGUAGGCCAGCACUUGCUUCCCUGUAUAGAUCACAGCUGACCAUGCAACAGNACGCUGGCAUCGACGCUGGUAAACUCACUCCCGAUGGCAAGAAUGCCGAGGAGAUGAAGAAGAACCUCUUCGACGAGGACACCACUGCCUUCCUGCCCCUCAUCCAGAAGGCCACUGAGCGCACACACGGUUGGUCUGGUACCAUCAUCAAUAUCUCUUCCAUCUCUGGUCUCGUACGCAUCUCUCAGGGUCACUUCAACUACAAUGCCUCUAAGGGUGCUGUCGUUCAUCUCAACAAAAUGCUCUCGUCCGAGAUUCAGAGCAGCGGCCUCAAGAUCCGAGUCAACGCUAUCGCUCCCGGCGUCUUCCCCUCAGAAAUGACCACUGGUGAGAGCAAGGAUGACCAGAAGAGUNACCUCAACGGUCAGAACAUUCCUGUUGAUGGUGGCUACCUCAUCCAGACUGGCACCUGA